AUGACUGACCUCUGGUGGGCAACUGCUGAAGCUACCUUGGAUUCACAGAACGUCAAGGAUGACCUCCACAGUUACAACUUUGUCUUUGCCCCAUUGCCACCCAGGGCAUCUGCGCUUGUGUGUGACAUCAUCCUCACGCCUCCAGCUAUUGGCAAAUGCAAUGCCCUCAAGACUACACUCCUUGACGCCUACGGUCUGUCCCCUCAGAGGAAACAUGACGUGCUGAGCAGUCUCACUGACCUCGGCGACAAGCGCCCGUCUGAGAUGCUUAGCUAUAUGGAGUCAUUGGCUGACAUCCAUCUCCUGAAGUCCUCCUUUUUCAAACACAUGUUCUGUUCUCUUCUUCCUGCAACUGUGCGGACCCUUCUGGCGACCUGA